CGCCGCCAUUUUGUGAGUCUAUAACACGGAGCCGUUGGGUUCGUUCCUGCUAUUCCGGCGCCUCCACUCCGUUCCCUGCGGGUCUCCUCUCUGUGCAAUGGACGGCAUUGUCCAAGAUAUAACAGUUGGUACAAAGCGGGGAUCUGACGAGCUUUUCUCUACUUGUGUUACUAACGGACCCUUUAUCAUGAGCAGCAACUCUGCUUCUGCAGCUAAUGGAAAUGACAGCAAAAAAUUCAAAGGUGACAGUAGAAGUGCGGGGGUCCCUUCGCGAGUAAUCCACGUCCGUAAACUCCCCAGUGACGUCACAGAGGCAGAAGUCAUUUCUUUGGGAUUACCUUUUGGCAAAGUCACCAAUCUUCUAAUGCUGAAAGGAAAAAAUCAGGCUUUCAUAGAAAUGAACACCGAGGAAGCAGCCAACACCAUGGUAAGUUACUACACCACAGUCACUCCAGUCCUUCGAAGCCAGCCCAUCUACAUUCAGUUCUCCAACCACAAGGAACUCAAAACAGACAACUCUCCAAACCAAGCACGGGCCCAGGCAGCUCUGCAAGCAGUGAACUCUGUUCAGUCUGGAAACCUGGCACUGUCAGCCUCUGCUGCUGCAGUGGAUGCAGGAAUGGCAAUGGCUGGUCAGAGCCCUGUCUUGAGGAUCAUUGUGGAAAAUCUCUUCUAUCCUGUCACUCUGGAUGUCCUGCAUCAGAUUUUUUCCAAGUUUGGCACAGUGCUGAAAAUAAUUACAUUCACCAAGAACAACCAGUUCCAGGCCCUGUUACAAUAUGCUGACCCUAUGAGUGCUCAGCAUGCCAAACUGUCUUUAGAUGGGCAGAAUAUCUACAAUGCCUGUUGCACGUUGCGCAUCGACUUCUCCAAACUCACAAGCCUCAAUGUUAAAUACAACAAUGAUAAGAGCAGAGAUUACACACGACCAGAUUUACCUUCUGGGGAUAGCCAGCCCUCUCUUGAUCAAACCAUGGCAGCUGCUUUUGGAGCUCCAGGAAUAAUUUCUGCCUCUCCAUAUGCAGGAGCUGGCUUCCCUCCUGCCUUUGCAAUUCCUCAAGCAGGCUUGUCAGUUCCAAAUGUUCAUGGAGCACUUGCUCCUUUGGCUAUCCCAUCAGCAGCAGCUGCAGCGGCUGCAGCAGGACGGAUGGGCAUUCCCGGCCUCACUGGGGCAGGGAACUCCGUUCUGCUGGUUAGCAAUCUGAACCCUGAGAGAGUUACACCCCAAUGCCUCUUUAUUCUUUUCGGAGUCUAUGGUGAUGUGCAAAGGGUGAAGAUCUUAUUUAAUAAGAAGGAGAAUGCCUUAGUUCAAAUGGCUGAUGGAAACCAGGCCCAGCUUGCAAUGAGUCACUUAAAUGGUCAGAAGCUUAAUGGGAAACCCAUCCGUAUCACCCUGUCCAAGCAUCAGACAGUACAGCUUCCCCGUGAGGGACAGGAAGACCAAGGAUUGACUAAAGACUAUGGAAACUCUCCUCUACAUCGUUUCAAGAAACCAGGCUCCAAAAACUUCCAGAAUAUCUUCCCGCCUUCUGCUACCCUUCACCUCUCCAAUAUCCCACCUUCGAUAACUGAAGAAGACCUUAAGAUGCUGUUCUCAAGCAAUGGUGGGAUGGUGAAGGGAUUCAAAUUCUUCCAGAAGGACCGUAAGAUGGCUCUAAUCCAGAUGGGCUCUGUGGAAGAAGCCAUUCAGUCACUCAUCGAGCUCCAUAAUCAUGACCUUGGUGAGAAUCACCACCUGCGUGUGUCCUUCUCAAAGUCCACCAUUUAAAGCUUUGGAGGGCAUGAGACAGAAUGGACCUGACUAAAACCUCAUGGGUUCAGCCCUGACCUUAAAGGGCUGAAUGCUAGGAGACAACUUCCAUCAUUCCAGAAAAAAAAAAAAGCCACUUUAAAAAUGCAGCUGAAGUGACCUUAAAGACCAGAGAUUUUAUUUUUUUAAAGAGAAAUCAGUUUACCGGUUUUUAAAAAAAUUAAAUCUAAUUCAUAUUGCUAACCUUGCGGUGAUGGGAUAACAAUCUUGAUGGCUGUUCAAACAAA